GUAGACUGAGCGCGGCGGGCUGGCGGGCACGUUGUGGAUUUGCACGGUGCUGUGAAUGCCGCCAAGAUUGCGAGCAGAACCGCGCGCACAACUACGUAGCAGCUCCGUUGGCACGGCGGAUUGCGGCAGUGAGACGGGAGUUGGAGGUGUGCAAGCGCGCCAACGGAUGCUGAAGGCGGUCGGUUUUCCGGCGGGAAGACCAUUUUGGAAAUGGCGUUCUGGGAUGAAAACGGCGGGGCGAUCUGUGUGUGGUGAUUCGACAGCGACGGCGUUGAGGGCACCGGCGGGCUCGUCAAGUCGAUUAGAUCCAAGCAACAUUGAAGGCACCAGCGGAAAGAGAAAUUGCGUGUCCCGGGAAAUCAUGUAUCAGAGAAACGCUCCGUGGAAACGAUACGACGAUUAGUGCUGUUCUUUAGGAAUGAGACAUCUCAUUCCCGCCACGAAAGACUUGAUCAGUCUCCUUUUACAGAGGUAUUUCCGAGCGAUCGGUUGCCAGGAUCUCUCUUUCUCUCAUUCUCUAGCUUCUAUGUCGCCCGCUGCCUGUCCUAUUCGUUCCUGUCAUUGUCAAGCUGUGAUCUAGGGGCUGGCCUGCUUUGAUGCUUCGUGUCGGGGAAAGAGGGGGACGCUUGCUUGUCACCGUAACUGUUUAUGGGCAAGGCGUCACAGGGCGGACCAGCAGCAGCAGCAGGGGGAGGAGGAGGAGGACUCCAUCGUCCAGCGGUGAGCUCGGGGCGGUUCAUUGUGCGCGGGUCAUGCGCUGAGGAGUAGUGUCUUUGUGAUGGUCAACCUGUCACAGGGCGAGCUAGUAGGCGUGGGGUGUUCGUGAGGGACGGGGGUUGUCGCGGUUGCUGCACCACUUAUGUUAAGUUGUUACAAGGAGCACGAGGAGGAGCAGGAGGAGGACGAGGAGGAAGCAGAAGAGGAGGGGCAAAGGUGGAGUAGGAGGGGCGAAGGUGGGAGGAAGGGAAGGGAAUUUGCCAAGCGGAGUGCAACACCGCAUUAAUAAUUACUUUCUACGAACGCUGAGCUGAGGAAUUCACAGGCGUGCGAGUGAUCGAGUCCACAAUUUCUGGCGAGUGUGAACACAAACUCUGUGAGAGUACUCUUUACGCAGCCAUACGUAGUCUCUCUCUCUUUCUUUAUAUCUUUUCCCUUGCUCGUUGUUCUCCUCUCUUUGGGAGGGCAUUUUCUACCACGACGGAGCGACUGGGCACGCCGCAGAUUAUGGUGACCGGGACGGAUGUGCCAGCGUCGUCUUUGCCUCCUUCCAGAACUAGUUUGCGAGCGGAAUCCUCGUCAUCGUCUAAUUUGCCGAAGACCCUUGGCGCGGGAUCAGUGGAGCCUUUCGUUGUGAGGCCCCAGGCGGGGGGAACUGCCGCCACCGCCACCUCCGCCUCCGCCUCCGCCUCCACCGCAGGCUCAUGGCUCGGCAAUGGCUCUCAUCAGUCGACCAGCGCCGCUCUUUGUCAAACGGGUUCUUCUUUGAGCUACGCUGAUCCGCCACCAGAGGCGGCGACGGCUACAAGGCUUGUGCCAUUUCCUGAAGCGCGGGACGUAUCUGUACAGCAGAGAGUGAAAGUUCCCGGGAGCGAGGUCUUAAGCGUCUGCAAGUCGCUCCUCGCAGGCGGUAUCGCCGGCGGAUUGUCACGCUCUGCUGUUGCACCUUUGGAGCGCAUGAAAAUUUUGCUUCAGGUUCAAUGCCCUCUGAAGCCAAAGUACACUGGCAUGUGGCAAGGACUUUGGGCAAUUGGUACAACUGAAGGGAUCAAGGGAUUCUUCAAGGGGAAUGGAACAAAUUGUGUGCGAAUAGUUCCAAAUUCAGCUGUGAAGUUCUACAGCUAUGAGCAGGCGUCGAAUGCAAUUCUGUGGGCCUUUCGGAGGUAUCAUGGGAACAAUGAGCUGGAGCAAACACCAGUGCUGAGGCUCGGGGCAGGUGCAGUGGCUGGGAUCGUGGCUAUGUCAGCAACAUACCCACUUGAUAUGGUUAGAGGGCGGUUGACAGUACAGACUAAGGAUUCUCCACGGCAAUAUAGAGGGAUAGUUGAUGCAGCGUUGACAAUACGACAAGAGGAAGGGCUCCGGGCGUUUUACAAAGGCUGGCUUCCUUCUGUCAUUGGAGUGAUUCCAUACGUGGGACUUAAUUUUGCAGUAUAUGAGACGUUGAAGGAUUGGGUUGUGAAGAGCACGCCAUCAGCGAUUGAUGCACAGGACCUGAGUGUGAUAACAAGGCUAGCCUGUGGGGCUGUGGCUGGAACAGUGGGCCAAACCGUUGCAUAUCCGCUGGAUGUAGUCCGCAGGAGAAUGCAGAUGUCUGGAUGGCGAGACGCCUCAACUGUUCUCACUGCAGAUGGGCAAAUAAAGGUCCUAGAGUAUAAUGGGAUGCUGGACACAUUCCGAAAAACAGUAAAGUAUGAAGGCUUCAGAGCAUUGUACAAGGGACUCUUGCCGAAUUCUGUCAAGGUUGUGCCCUCUAUUGCAAUUGCUUUCGUGAGUUACGAGACUAUCAAGGACAUCCUGGGAGUGGAGUUCAGGAUAUCUGAAUGACUGUGGUGAGGAGGGGGGUUGCUGCAAAGGCUAGAAUCAUCGAUGCCAAACACGCACAAACGUUUGCAAAGAAAUUUUUAUUCAUAAAUGUCGAAAAUUGAAAUUGCGAGGAUCUACUUCACACUUUUUCUUCGCUUCCAUGUUUUGUUAGGGCACACUGUUUUGAUCGUUUACCGUUCCUAUGCUUUGCCAAGGUCUCAGGUAAGCAAGCACUUGCUGUCCUUGUAGUGCCUGUUUCCUUCCUCGCCUCUGGCUGCCUAUGAGUGCAUCCAAUCUGUCCGCACAAAUGUAAGAGAAGAGGAAUGUAGGUGUUAGGGAUCUAUCCACUUGUUUGUCUGUCAACCUUCUAUUUUAGCUCCGUUUCUCAGCUCAUAAUGGGUCAGCUUCUGCUGCGUGAGGAGAAGCUGCAUGUGAUAUGGAGUGGGCAGAGGUUAUCACAUUCAGCUUAGCAAUGGGAAUGGGGCAUGGAGCGUGUAGGUGGAAAGGUUUGUCUGUUACCUCUAUCCUUGACAGAACACGUGGGUAAUGGUUUUGGAUGGCAUUGCGGAUGGAACAGAUGUACAGAAAGCUUAUUUGUUCUUAGCACUCAGGAGUUGGUCCUGUGAAUCCUAUUGAAUCAUCCGAACUAAGGGGGGAGGGAGGGAAAGGUAGGAGGCUGGUUGGUGGAGAGGCUCAUCGGCUGUUGGGCAAUUUGGCAAUUUGUAGCCUAUAUAGGUUAUCUGUGUUUGCGUCUAGUCAUAGAAGUAAAUGCUGCAAAAGCUU